CACGAUUGUCGUGCAUCAAGAUGAUGUUGUUGCGUCGAUCCUAUCGGAGUGCGGUGGCAGGGGUUGGCCGCCGGACCUUCUCGGCCCCGACACCGAAACCAACGCGUCUGUCGCAGGAAGUGGACAAGAAGUGGCAGGCCAUUUGGGACGCCAAGCAGGCCGCAGCUGCUUCGCCUGCAGGAGACAAGCCCAAAUUUUACUGCUUGUCCAUGUUUCCGUACCCUUCUGGUCAACUCCACAUUGGACAUGUCCGCGUGUACACGAUUAGCGACUGCAUAUCUCGAUUCAAACGCAUGCAAGGGUUCGACGUGUUGCAUCCCAUGGGAUGGGAUGCUUUUGGUCUGCCGGCUGAAAAUGCUGCCAUCGAGCGAGGCAUUUCACCAGCCGACUGGACGUUGUCCAACAUUGCCCAAGCCAAAGUGCAAAUGAAAGCGCUGGGCAUCCGCUUUGACUGGAGCCACGAAGUCACGACGUGCCAGCCAGACUACUACAAGUGGACCCAGUGGCUAUUCCUCCAGUUUUUAGAGAAGGGGUUGGCGUACCGAAAGGAGGCGUUGGUGAACUGGGACCCCAUCGAUCAAACGGUCUUGGCCAACGAACAAGUGGAUUCACAAGGUCGUUCGUGGCGGUCCGGGGCCGUAGUGGAGCAGCGCUCGUUGUCGCAGUGGUUUCUCGGCAUCACGUCGUACGCUGACGCGUUGCUGGACGACAUUGACUCGUUGAAAGCGUGGCCAGACGCUGUCAAGCGCAUGCAAAGUGCCUGGAUUGGCCGAUCCAUUGGCACCCAAGUGCAGUUCAAGACUGCCAUCCUCGACACUCCACUGACUGUGUUUACCACACGCGUGGAAACGCUUUACGGUGUCUCAUACAUUGCGCUCGCCCCAGAGCACGAGUCUCUGCCUGCAAUUCUCGCGCACGUCCCUCUGUCGCAGCGGCCGGCAGUCGAAGCAUAUGUGGCCCAUGUCAAGUCUCUUUCCAAGGACGACCGCAACAAUGGCAGCACCACGGCGGGGGUGCCGCUCGGCCUCUCCGCCAUCCACCCGUUGACCCAUCAAUCCGUGCCGCUUUACCUGGCCGAGUACGUGCUGCCUGGCGUCGGUACUGGCGCUGUCAUGGGGGUCCCCGCCCACGACGACCGGGACGCGUUGUUUGCUGCCCAUCACAACCUCCCCGUCUCCGUCGUGCUCUCUAACGACGACACGUUGGUCGCGAGUGGUCGUUUCACCGGCCUCCCCGCGUCGGCGGCCAACGACCAACUAACUGACUAUUUGGCGGAGCUAAACCAAGGCCGGCGACAUGUGCAGUUCCGCCUCCGGGAUUGGCUCGUGUCGCGCCAGCGGUAUUGGGGAACGCCCGUGCCCGUGAUCCACUGUCCCGUCUGUGGACCUGUGGGGGUGCCGCUGAAGGACCUGCCGGUGGAACUGCCGAGUCUGAUGGAUCCGACAAUGGACCUCAAGGGCACGGGGGGGUCCCCGCUCGCCCGGAUGGCGCACUGGAAGUCGUGCGCUUGUCCGAGUUGCGGCGGCCCCGCCGAGCGCGACACGGACACGCUCGACACAUUUGUCGACAGUUCGUGGUACUACCUUCGGUAUGGCGACGCGUCCAACACGUCGGUGCCGUUUACAAAGUCGAAUUUGACCAAGUGGAUGACAAAUGGCGGCGUGGACAUGUACAUCGGGGGCAUCGAACAUGCGAUUUUGCACUUGCUGUAUUCGCGAUUUGUGACAAAGUUCUUGGCGGAUCACCACGACGUGCCUACGUCUGAGCCGUUCAAGCAGCUGCUGGCCCAAGGGAUGGUCCUAGGUCGCACGUACAAGUCGCCGUCGACGCUGCGGUUCCUUAAACCCGACGAAAUCACCGUCGACAAGGCGGAUGGCACCGUGCGGGAGGCCGCGACGAACGACGUGGUGGUCACUGCGUGGGAAAAAAUGUCCAAGUCCAAAUACAAUGGUGUGGACCCCCAGGACAUCUGUCGGCAAUAUGGCGCCGAUGUUGCGCGGCUGCUCGUGCUGUUCAAGGCGCCGCCGUCGCACGAAUUGGAAUGGGACGAGGCCGACUUGUUAGGUCAGUCCAGAUGGCUCCUCCGCAUUUGGGGGUUGGUCGUCGAGCACAACCAUGCAUUGGCAGCAGCAGCUACAACCAGUCAACAAGGUAAACUGCAGUAGUGGCACUGUGCACUUUAGAUGGAUGUGGGUUGUGUAUGUACGACAUGUAGGACGGUACUCCCAAACGGGGGGUGAAGAAGCGCUGGCAUUGCGCGUGGCCGUCCACACAGCGAUCAAGAAAGUCACGGAAGCGCUGCAUGAGACGCAGUCGUUCAACGUAGCCAUCGCCGAACUCAUGAAGCUGUCCAACCGUCUCGGUGGUUUGGCGCAUUUGCACGGAUCCAAGGAUUUUGCCGACGCCCUGCACGCUCUCGUGGUCAUGUUGGCUCCCCUGGCGCCUCACAACGCGUCGGAACUGUUUGCGGCACUGCAAGUUGACCAACCGACGUUGACAAACGCAGACGUGCAUGACCAACCGUGGCCAACGCAUGACGAUGCCGUGCUCGCGUCGGCCCAAAUCCAAGUCGUCGUGCAGAUUCGCGGCAAGACCAGGGAGACGCUGGUCGUGCCCGCGGACGCAGAUGCGGCUACGCUUGAGGCGCUGGCACUGCAACAGCCCAACGUUGCCAAGCACAUGGAAGGCCACACCAUCCGCAAAGUGAUCUUUGUACCGUCCAAAAAGCCAGGCCAGCACUCGCUGCUCAACUUCGUCAUCUAGUAGUAUUGUCAGCAUUUUUUUCACGUGCGACAAUCGGCGAUAAGUCCUUGUGAUUGGACGGUUGUUUCCGAAACAUUUCAUCACUGACAUACACUAUUUGAAGGAACGUAAUUAGUGUAAUGCAGUGCCACGAAAAAAUGCA